ACAGUUUGGUGAGAGUAACAAGAUACAAUUCUCUCUCUUGUAAGGUAAGAGAGAAUCCUAGCAGGCGACACUCAGUGCUCGGUUUAGCCACGUCCCCCUUUCUCUUCUUAUAAUGCGCCGCGUCAUGUUUAAUACCGACCAAAGCCGAGUAUGAAUUUGUACGGACUUUACCUGUCUGCUUUCAAAGACUUGACGCUUGGUCUGUUUGAUCCGAUCAUCGGAACCCUAAUACUCUUUCCUUCACCCCGAUCUCACCUUCAAUUCUAGAGAGAGAAUAAGAGUCUUGUUGAGAGAAAGUUGCUUAGAGAAAAUAAGUGAUUUUUAGAGAUAAGAGUGAGAUGGAUCAAACGAUGCAGAGACAUAGUCCUCCGAAGCACAGACACGACGGGACUUCGCCAUUGCCUCUAGGGAUGGAUUGGAGUCCUCCGCCUCGGAAAUGGAAUGGGCGGGACACUGUUUGGCCACAUGAUCCUCACACAGGAUGGAGUUACUGUGUCACUAUUCCAGCCUGGGUUGUCCGACCCAAAACAAGAGAUUCAGAUCCUGUCGUGUUUUACAGGGUUCAGGUUGGCAUACAAUCACCAGAAGGGAUCACAACUACACGAGGACUUUUAAGAAGAUUUAAUGAUUUCUUGAAAUUAUUUGCUGCUCUUAAGAAAGCAUUUCCCAGAAAGAAUGUCCCACCGGCUCCACCUAAAGGACUCUUGCGUAUGAAAAGCAGGGAACUUUUGGAAGAGAGACGGUGCUCUUUGGAAGAGUGGACGGCAAAAUUACUAUCAGAUAUUGAAUUGUCUAGAAGUGUUGCAGUGGCAUCCUUCCUUGAACUGGAAGCUGCUGCUAGGUCCUCAUUCCAAAAUGAAAACCAGAACAUUUCAGAAGCGAAUACUUCCAUCAAUAGCACAAAUUCUUCUGUUCAAGUUCAUCCCAGUUCAAGUUUAUCCAUGGUUGCUGGUAGUACAUCACUCACAUCGGAUUAUGGUAGUGAUACUGCUUAUGAACCAUCUGAUAUUGGAACAGCAAGCCUUGGUCGGGAUAACAAUUCUGAAGUUGGUACUGAAGAUUUGUCACUGGAUGAAGAUUUGACUAGCCCAAUAGAAAAGUUUAUGAAGUAUGGCAUGUCCAAUAUUGAUGAAGGCUUGUUUAUGGGACAGGCGAUUUUAGAGGAGCUUGAAGGUUUUCCUAGGCAUAAAUUGCAUGCCAGAGAGAUUAACAGUGUUAUAAGGAAUAAUAUUGAUAAUGGAGAUUCUAAAGCUUCUUAUCUUGCUGGGAACAGGAUGGGACUUCUGUCUGAGUCAGAGCAUGGAAAGGUAAUUGGUCAUGCUCGCAAGCUCUCAACUGAGAGUGUCGGAAGUGACAUAAGUUCUUUAAGAGGUAGUGAAUCAUCAAAUUUGGGGUUUCCUAACUCACUUGGUGAUGGCCUUCUCGACCUUCCUGGAGGUGCUGAGGUUUCUAGAACUGUGGAUGUUCUUAGCAACGCAGAAUCACAUUUUUCAAGUGAUGCACAAUUACUUCUUCCAUCGGAUCAGCGCCAUAAUAUGAACAAGCUUCUUGUGGCCAUGCAGCGGAGACUGGUCACGGCAAAAACGGACAUGGAGGAUCUUGUAUCAAGAUUACAUCAAGAAAUAGCUGUAAAAGACUACCUCACGACAAAGGUGACGGAUUUGGAAGUGGAACUUGAAACUACAAAACAGAAAAGUAAAGAAAACCUUCAGCAAGCUAUUUUAAUUGAAAGGGAAGGAUUCACCCAGAUGCAGUGGGAUAUGGAGGAACUUCGACGAAAGUCAUUGGAAAUGGAGUUGAAACUCAAUUCUCAACAGGAUGCAAAGUUAGAUACUGAGCCAGCAAAAGUAUCCGUCAUUCAGGAGAAAGAUGCACUGCUGCAGGAGUUGGAUGCUACUAGACAGCAGCUUCAGAACUUGUUGAAGCGACAUGAAGAGUUAGAAGUGAAAUCAAAAAUGGAUAUUAAAGUCCUUGUUAAAGAGGUUAAAUCUCUCAGAAGUUCUCAAGUACAAUUGAAGCAGGAGCAUAGUGAAUCAAUGAAAGAGAAGGCCGAGGCGGAGAGACUCCUUCAGCAGGAAAAAGAAAGAACCAAGCAUGUGGAAUCUGCUUGGAGGAAGCUGCUUCAUGAAUGUGCGGUUCUUCAUAGUCGGCUUCAAGAGUGCAACAAUUUCCUCACUGAAAAUGAAGAUAAACUAGUCAUGGAUUCUUCAUCAGUAUCAGAUGCCUUGGAUCUCCUAACAACGUCUGACAACCAGAUUGGCGUCCUUCUUGCAGAGGCACAAAACUUAGCUCAAGAUGAUGGGAAUGCUGUUUACGCUGUAGACAAUGGAAAUGGUGACAUUGAUGAUGACAGAAGGACAAUGCAUGAUGAGUUGAGGAAGAUGCUAACAGAUAUCUUCAUUGAUAAUGCUAGAUUGAGAAAACAGGUCAACUCUCUGAUCCGCUGUGCUCUCAAAUUGGAUAAUUCAUCCGAUGAGAAAGAUGUGGAAGCUCCUUCACUAAAAAUUGUACUAAAUAACUUUUUAGGAAGAUAAAAAUUGAGGUGAAUAUUGUAAAUUUUGUCAUAUAGAAGUAUAAGGCGGCCCUUAAUCACCAUUGUGGGUAAUCAGAUGUUUAGUGCUUCAAACAGUUGAAUCCUUAUACACGAAACAGUUGCCCAUGUAAUUCUAUGGAUCCAUGUAUGAGUUCUCUCAGAAGGAUUGCCCUUCAGAGUUGUAUUCAUAUCCAAUUGACCUGGAAUAACGGGGGAAAAGAAAUCAGAUCAAUUUCCUUUAUCCACGAGUGCCUUAGUCUGAUAAGGUGGCUAGAGAAGUGAUACAGUUUAAUGCUAUGUAAGCUUGGUUACUUAUGGUUUGAGGUCCAAGAGCAUUAUUGUGGACGCACUGAAAGGUAUUAUUGAACUUCAACCUGUCUAAUUUUAAUUUGUACUCUUGGAAUAAUGAAAAUGAUUGGCAUGUUUCA